CUUUCGAAGAGGCUGCACUAACACCCAGGAAGUAGCCUGAAUUAUGAAGCGUUUCGUUUUUCCAUAUCCAUUGUAACAUGUUUUCAGAGCAUCUUAUAUUGUUAAAUUAGUACUAACAGCCUCAAAUUGGCGUGCAAUCUUUUGCAACAUUGCAGAAAAAAAUAGCAAGGCUGAAUUGCUUUCAGGUAAACAGUUGCUAAGCUAAUAAAUAUCUCGUUAGUGAUCGUUAAAAAUGAUGGAUCACCUGGAAACACCAUACGAAGAGGACGAUGGUUUUAUUGAAUGCACGGUCUGUGAAAAGUCCUUAAAAGGUAACAGCCUCUACAAGAUACACCUGACCUCUCCGGGGCAUUUAAAGAAAGAGGAUGCCCUUGUUGCUGAGGGGAAGGCUGUCCGAGAACACAUCGUACCAAAGUUCAGGGACAUCUUACACUACCUGGAGUACCUGAAUCUUGAUGAGCCGAUAAUUGGCUUGAAUUUUUUGGAGGAAGUUGUGAACCAUGAUCCGCAGUUUGGUGCCAGAUACGUCUGCAAGCUGUGCAGUCAGACAACCAACCUUGCAGAAAUGGUCUGCCAUGUGAUUGGUCGUAAACACCGACAAAAAUAUGUGGAGUUAAAACGUCCGGACUUGGUGACGUGGGACGGUAACACCAUAAAUACCCAAGGAGGAAAGAUCAUGCGAGCCAAAGCAGAGAUAAUAGAGAGACAGAACGGACGAGGGAUGCCGGAACUAUUGUUGAGAAAGGGGGUGGAAGGAAGACUGAACAUCUCCAGAGUUCAACCGAGACAGAGACCUGAUAGGCUGCAGACCGGCCCUCAGAGAUCCUUUCCAGAUGUCCCCCCACUCUUACCUGAAUUAAAGGACUUUCGCAGAAAGAGGGAAGAUUACGAUUUAAGGAACACAACACCUUGUUCCCUUGAUUACCCACCUGAAGCUUCAUCCCUUAAGAGACCAUACCCAGAACGAGAUCCUCUAGAGCAGUUCUACUCCGAUGAAGUUCGGCGUGGGCAAGUUCGUUCUCAAGAAUACCAGCCCUCACCGCAAAUGUCACACACAGAAGAGGGCAAUCGGCGAUGGUCUCUGGAGAGAGAGUCUGGGGGAUAUGACCGUAUGAGAAGACUAGGGUCAAAUGAACCAGAAGCCAAGAUGAGAAACUUAUCUGCUCCCUUCGAAGGCGAUCUAUCCCGUGAGCCUUUGUUUGACAUAUUUAAAGAUUAUCAUCAUGAGAGGAAGGGCCCAUAUCUAGAGGAUGCAUUUGACAGAGGGAGAGCUGCUCCAGCUCAGACACAUGGAGAAGUUCCCAGUACCAUCUCUAAUAUACCAGAGCCGUUCAGGCGCUUCCUAAAAGGCAGCGCCGGAGAUGAGGAAGGACAGCGCAGACGAAAAAGCCGUUUCUCUGAUGCCACUCCAGAGGAAGUAAAUAUGGCAAAGGACAUGUACAGAGAUGACUAUGGACGUUCAUACACUCAAACUGGUGUAGAUCUUCGACCAGUUGAUGCACAAGGGAGACCAGACAUCCCCUAUGGAGAAUCACAGCCUCCACAUGUUCGAGAAGGCUACAGCCGAGGAGGCUCUGAAAAGACGAGCAUCUUUGAGAUUCUGGAAAAAUUUGAAAUUGAGAAUGCAGAAGAAGCAGAGUUUCUAAAGAGCAAACUUUCGAGCCUUCUGGAAGAAUUUAAGGCCAGAAAGAUGGAGAAAGCUGCGCUUCCUCAACCAUACCAGUAUGACAGACCCCAGCGAGAGGAGCCUGACCGCAGACGAUCAGAGGAGCUUGGUUUCAACAAUGGCCACAGACUUGGUUGGAAUCAGCGUGAACAGGUUCCAGAACAGCGGUUCCAUGAAUACAACCAUGGGGAACCCAGACACUCCAGCACAGGUCGUUUUAAAGAUGACCAACCUGAUUAUCUGGAGCCUAUGCGUCCUCAUGACUACAAGCCUCCGCCUGAGAACUAUUUUGACUCUCACUCCUCUGUACCCCCCCUGCACAUGGAACAAGACAGCAGGAUGCAGAGGGAUCCUCGCUACUCUUCAAAUAUGGAUAAAAUCACCUGUGCCCUCAUGGAUCUUGUUGCUAGAAAAUAGUCUUAAGAAAUCCCUAAUAAGGAUUAGUCUGAUGAAUAAAAAAAACGUCCCUUGUGAUGGAAAAAAUGAUUUUGGUUUAUACUUUGAUAAUCAAAACAUGUUUUGCUUUAGUGUAAUGUGAUGUAGAUGCCAGGGAAAAUUUUUAGUUAAUUCAAAUGUUAAAACAUGGCUGUAUUUUGUAAGCAAUAAAGAGCCUCUCUGUUGCUGUA